UGUGUGUGUGUGUGCACAUGAGUGUGUUUUCAGUUAUGGAUGCAUAUUCGUGGAGCGCACAGGGAAGUCAGAGCACAGCCUCAUGCCAUUCCUCAUGCUCCUUUUACCUUCUGUUUGAGACAGGGUCUCCCACUGGCCGGGGACUUCACCCAUGACCAGCAAGCCCCAGGGAUUGCCCAUCUCUGAUUCCCAUCUUGCCAUCUCUGGGAUUGCAGGCAUAGGACACCUUGUUCGGUUUUUUAUGUUGGUUCUCGGGGUCCAAAGUCAGGUCUUCAUGCUUAUAAAGCACACAGUUUAUCAACUGAGCCACAUCCCCAGUCCUGGGCACUGGUUUUUAAUGGCAGCUGGCUUCCCCUGUGGGAUGGGUCAAGAAAAAGAACAAGACAGAAGUUACGAUGCUUUCAGGACCUAAAAUGUGGAAGUCAUGUGCUGUUAUUUUUGUUAUAUUCUAUUGACCACACGGACCAGCAGGAACACAUUGUGAGAGGAACCUGCUUAAGCACAUGAGUAUCAAAAGGCAGAAUCCUUGGGAACCAUCAUCUUGGAGUCUGGGUACCUAAUGCAUGGGGAAUACUAGCCUGAGCAAACUGAAGUGGAGUCCAUUUUUACAGGGUGUCCAAAGGCCUUCAAAGACUCCCAUAAGUGCUGUGAGUCAGCAGUGUGGCCACAGCACUCUUCUCUAGGGAGAAGAUAAGGAAACCUGUAAGAAACAUGCUUUGGUAUGCCUGCCUGGCCUGGAGAAGAAAGUCUAAACUGUUCCUGGUGUUCAUAUUCCUAUACAGUCUGGCAGGAACUUCCAAUGCAAACUUUUCUCUCCUUGCUUUACACCCCGAUGAAUGUGUCUAUGUGGUGUGCGGGCGCGUGCACGUGCAUCUUGGCGUGUGUGGGGGCACAUGCAGAUGUGUGCAUGUGGAGGCCUGUGGUGGAUGUCUUCCUUGGAGUCUUCCUUGAUCAUUCUCCAACCUACUCACUGAGGUGAGGUCUCUCCAUCAAACCCAGGGCUCAUCCAUGUGGCCAGGCUAGCUAGCCAGCUUGUUAUGUGCACCCCUGUCCCUGCCUUCCUAACUGUGCCACAGCCACCCGCAUUUAUGGGGUUCUGGGUCUCUGAGGUCCUCCUAUUUACAUGACAAGUGCUUUAAGCACAGAGCCAGCUCCCCAGCCACGUUCCACUUAUUCCCAUUGCCUUUCAUUUUUCUCCUCCUUUCUCUCUUUCUUUAUUUUGAGACAGAGUCUCCUGUAUCUCAUGCUCACCUCCAACUCACUAUGUAGCCAGGGAUGAACUUCCAGUCCUCCUGUCUCCACCUCCAGAGCCCUGGGAUUACAGGUGUGCGCCACCCAUCUUGGUUUUACGUGGCACUAGGUAUCGACGCCAGGGCUUCCUUCACCACAGGCAAUAGUCACUUUUCCAACUGAGCUACAUCCCUCACCCAGUGCUCCACCUUUUGAAAUCUGCUCCACGGACACUUGCCCUUACAGAUAUUUCUGGGCCUGUUUGUUCUGCUCUCUUGCCUCUUCCGGUUGCUGAGUUUCGACUUACUCCCUGGGGUGGCGGGACAGCCGCCGUCUCUGUAAGCCUCCGCCAUAUCCCACAAAAAGAAUUAUUAUCCUUUGUUUUUGUUUUUUGUUUUUUUGUUUUUUUGCCAGGUGUGGUGGCUCAUAUCAUAAUCCCAGCACUUGGGAAGCUGAGGCAGGAGGAUCACAGCAAGUUUGAGGCCAGCCUGAACUACAUAUGGCGUGGGCCUGGCAAGAGCACAUUUUGAAAAGCAGCCCCCCUCCAACCUCAGGAAGUCCAACUUCUUCCACUUCGUGCUGGCCAUGUACGACCGGCAGGGGCAGCCCGUGGAGGUGGAGCGCACAGCCUUCAUCGACUUCGUGGAAAAGGAUCGAGAGCCUGGGACAGAAAAGACCAACAAUGGGAUCCAUUACCGCCUUCGGCUGGUGUAUAACAAUGGUCUUCGGACAGAGCAAGACCUCUACGUGCGUCUCAUCGACUCCAUGUCGAAGCAGGCUAUCAUCUAUGAGGGGCAGGACAAGAAUCCUGAAAUGUGCCGAGUGCUGCUCACUCACGAGAUCAUGUGCAGUCGCUGCUGUGACCGCAAGAGCUGUGGUAACCGGAAUGAGACACCUUCAGACCCCGUCAUUAUUGACAGGUUCUUCCUCAAAUUCUUUCUCAAAUGUAACCAGAACUGCUUGAAGAACGCGGGGAAUCCCCGAGACAUGCGCCGCUUCCAGGUGGUGGUGUCCACAACAGUGAGCGUGGAUGGACACGUGCUGGCCGUGUCGGACAACAUGUUUGUACACAACAACUCCAAACAUGGCCGCAGAGCCCGACGCCUGGACCCUUCUGAAGGUCAGGACUCCCGGCCCGGCCCUGGCCAACCUCAGUCUCCACCUUGGUGCAGUCCCCUGACCUGGGUCCUCUCCUACCUCCCAGCUACCACCCCCUGCAUCAAGGCCAUCAGCCCCGGGGAGGGCUGGACCACGGGAGGCGCCACCGUCAUUAUCAUCGGAGACAACUUCUUCGACGGGUUGCAGGUCGUGUUUGGCAACGUGCUCUUGUGGAGCGAGCUCAUCACUCCCCACGCUAUCCGGGUGCAGACGCCGCCGCGACACAUCCCUGGGGUGGUAGAAGUGACCCUCUCCUACAAGUCCAAGCAGUUUUGUAAAGGAGCCCCUGGCCGCUUCGUCUACACAGCCUUGAAUGAGCCUACCAUUGACUACGGAUUCCAGAGGCUACAAAAAGUCAUUCCCAGACACCCGGGGGACCCGGAGAGGCUGCCCAAGGAAGUGCUGCUGAAACGGGCGGCUGACUUGGCGGAGGCCCUGUACGGAGUGCCCAGCAGUAACCAGGAGCUCCUCUUGAAGCGUGCGGCGGACGUGGCCGAGGCUCUGUACAGCACCCCGCGCGCACCCGCACCCCUCGGACCCCUGGCCCCCAGCCACCCACACCCCGCCGUCGUGGGCAUCAACGCCUUCAGCAGCCCCCUGGCCAUCGCCGUCGGGGAUGCCACACCGGAGCCCGGCUAUGCCCGCAGCUGCGGCAGCGCGUCGCCCCGGUUCGCGCCCAGCCCCGGCUCUCAGCAGAGCAGCUACGGCAGUGGCCUUGGAGCUGGCCUCGGCAGCUACGGGGCGCCGGGUGUGACUGGCCUCGGCGUGCCCGGGUCCCCUAGCUUCCUCAAUGGCUCCACCGCAACCUCACCUUUCGCCAUCAUGCCCUCUAGCCCCCCGCUGGCGGCUGCCUCCUCCAUGUCCCUCCCGGCCGCUGCCCCCACCACCAGCGUCUUCUCCUUCUCGCCUGUCAACAUGAUCUCCGCUGUCAAACAGAGGAGCGCCUUCGCCCCUGUGCUGCGCCCACCCAGCUCCCCAUCCCAGGCCUGCCCCAGAGCCCACAGAGAGGGGCUUCCAGACCAGCCUUUUGAAGAUACUGACAAGUUCCACUCGGCAGCCCGGGGGCUCCAGGGCCUGGCAUACUCUUAAUCACGGUCCGCAGGUGCUGCCCCCAAUGAGGCUGGACUGGAGCUUCCUCUGGAUUCACAUUCAUGGCCCGGGGUGGCAGCACAAACAGAUGUAGGGUCAAGACUGUGGGUAGACCUCAAUCCCUGGGAUACACAGGGAGAGGCCUUCACCUCUGCGCUCAAGGCCCCCUCAUACCCACAGACCCUCAUACUUACCUCCCUUUGGGAGGGGGCACAUUAGGAGCCCAGCACUGUGAGGAUGCUCUUGGCAAGAGAGCAUCAUAGGGAGGUGUUGUGAUGUCGGGCCUUUACCCACUGGGUUGGUUCCUCUGUAAGAGAUGGAUUUUGUGAAGACCAGAGACGUUGGUGAGGUGAGCAAGAAUUAGGAACCGUGGGAAAGAGGACAUCUCAGGGAGAGGUGAUCUAGCAGUCUCACCUGACCUAGCAGCCCACCUUCUCACUUGUGAACAAGGUGGUGUCUAGCAGUCUUAGGAGGCCCAUUCAGGCUCCCAUGGAGCUGCCCACAAGCCACUGGACCCCAAUGGCUGCCCCCACUUCCUUUGAGAGUAGCACAUUCAUGCGGAUCCCAUCACACCUCCCUGGGGGGGUUGUAGGCAUGGAAGAUGCACAGAAGGGCCUCCUGAAAUUUGACUCUUACCCCAAUGGAUGUUUCGUGAAUUUUGUCCCCCUACCACCACACACCCAACUCUAGUUGGCCGGAAAGAACAGCCUGGCUGCCCCUUGGUGGCCUCACACUCCGCUGAGUUUGGACAAAAUGGAACAAUAAACCAGAUGCAGGUGGCCACGUGGCCUCUCUGGCCUGCUUCCUUGGUCUGCUUUUCUCAAUGGCCCUGCAGCUCUCCUAGGGUGGCUUUGAUCCAUGCCCCUGGGCAACUUUGUGUCUCAGGCUCUUACGACAUCUCCAGGGAUCAGCUGAGAAAUUACCCCUGCUUUAUGCCUUCUAGAUGGGUUUGAUCCCAACAGUGUUGUAUGGGGACAUGAUCAGGAACUUAGAACUUGCUUUCCUGACCAUCUGGCCAAGACCAAGAUGAGGGUUUUGAGACAUUGCCGGGAACUAGAGCAGAGCACGUUAAAUACUAACCUAGAGCCAGGCGGUGGUGGCGCACGCCUUUAAUCCCAGCAAUUGGGAGGCAGAGGCAGGCGGAUCUCUGUGAGUUAAAAGCCAGCCUGGUCUACAGAGUGAGUUCUAGGAGAGUCAGAGAUGUUACACAGAGAAACCCUGUCUCUAAAAACAAAAGCAACAUACUAACUCAGAUGUGUAGGAGUCCAGAAGUGAAAUCCAGUUUCAGAGGCUAGAGGACUUACCUGGGCUUGGCAGCCUAUGGGUCCCAGGAGACCCCCUUUGAAUCACCUUUCAACCUCUCUUGCCUCUUACUGAGACCCCUUUUGGCUUUAUCUAAGAAUUUAAAAGGAGCAUAGUGAAAAAUUUCCUUGGCCUAUUCAUCCACCCAGAGUGCUAGAAGACUCCCAGACCCUGAGCCGUACUCCCUAGGUAAGGUCAGGUUCUCUCCUGAAAGCCAUUGUUUUUUUUUUUAAAUCCACUACCCAGUGAGUCCAAUGCCCAAUCUGGACCUCAGGCAUUUGGAAACCAAGUCUUUACCAACCCCCUACCCCCCCACAGCAAUGCCCUGCAGCCUUCUGGGAAAGCAUCCUUGUCACAGCAGGUGGGCUGGCCUUGUCCUUAGAGGUCUCACCACUUGUUCUCUAGUGGUUUUGGACAGAAUCUAGGAUUCCUCUCACUUGGGAUGCAUGACUGGUGUCCCCCUGCCCUCAGUGCCUGACCUCCCCUGCUGUCCCGGACGGAAGCCCCCUUAGCUUAUCUACAGCAAAGCUUAUCCCCCCAAGCCUGUUUCAUUCAGCUACAAGCCUUUCUUACCAAGCCAAGCCUUCCAAGGCCUGGCCUCUACAGACUCUAUUCAGUACUGGAGACAACUGGUAACUGGAUGGAGGUUACAUUCUGGUCCCCCCCCCCAAAUGGGUCAGUUGCCAUACUCAAUAUAAAAUGAGAUACGAUAUCUGUCUUCCCUCCGUGGUCCCAUCACAGUACUUAAGCACCAUUUGAGUUUACAUGACCUCUCUUACACACACACAUACCAGUUCCGGGUAGAUUAUACAUCAGAACGAAAAACCUGAAACAGUCAUCUCAUUCCCCUGCGGAAAGAUAAGCAUCCUUCUGCCAGAGGGACCUCCAAGGUCUGUUCCCCACUGACACAACCAAUUUUUUAAUUUAAAAUAAAAACUUUAUUAUUA